GGUUGGAGGGUAGGCGAAGCGAGUUGGGUGAACAGCUGCUCUCAAUGUCCGACGCUACCCUCUCUUCUGAUUGGUCGUUGCUCAGCGGUUUUCGCGCCAACGCGCUGCAUUGUGGGUAUGGUUAGCGGAAGUACGCCAGUCGUGGUGGUGGAAGCUCAAGCUUGAAUCGUGUUUUGGAUGUAAACUGUUGGGGAUUUUUAGUCUUUUAAAACUGUAAGUUUGUACGAAUGCGGGGCGAAGAGUCGUCCGAUUCGGAGUCGGGGAGGAUGGAGGAGAGUUCGGUCCGGAGGAGUUUGGAGACGUUGUGUCAGGAGCUGAACAUGGACGAGCAGACUGCCACUGAAACCAUGGAGAACUUCACUGCCAUCUGGAACACAUACACACUGGAGGGAGAGGUGGUCCACUGGCUGGCCUGCUCGCUGUAUGCAGCCUGUAGGAAGGGCUCCACUCCCACAGUGGGGAAAGGGUUGAUGGAGGGAAACUGUGUCUCUCUCACCAGGAUCCUCCGCACCGCCAAACUCAGUCUGAUCCAGUUCUUCUCUAAGAUGAGGAAGUGGGCCGACAUGGCCAGCCUCUCUCAGAACUUCAGGCUGCGCAUGGAGCGACUGGAGCGCAACUUUGAGGUUUCUACGGUGAUUUUCCGCAAGUUUGAGCCCAUCUUCAUGGACAUGUUUCAGAACCCGCAGGGAGGGGAGCCGCCACGGCAACCACGCAGCAGGAAGCACAGACGACUGCCGUGUCACAUCAGCGAUGUGUUCAAGUUCUGUUGGACUCUGUUUGUCUACACCAAAGGUAACUUCAGUAUGAUAGGUGAUGACCUGGUCAACUCGUACCACCUGCUGCUCUGCUGUCUGGACCUGGUGUUUGGAAAUGCUCUGCUCUGCUCCAACAGGAAGGACCUCAUCAACCCCACUUUCAGAGGUCUGUCGGCUCUGUACCGCGCCGACGGCCACGUUUCACCGGACGAGCCGCCUCCGUGUGUGUUGGAGAGGUUAUGUGAGCUCCACGACGGGCUGGUGGUGGAGGCCAAAGGCAUCAAGCAGCACUACUUCAAACCCUACAUACAGAAACUGUAUCAGAAGCAGAUCCUGAAAGGCAACGAGGAGCAUUUGACAGAACUGUUGGAUCCUCAGAGCUUCAUUGAUAACAAUAAAGCCAUAAACAGGGAGUAUGAGGAGUACGUGUUGACAGUGGGAGAUUUUGAUGAGCGGGUGUUUCUGGGAGCCGAUGCCGACGAGGAAAUCGGGACUCCGAGGAAGAGUGUUCAGGAAUCUUCUGCCAGCCAGGCGAACGCUCACAGCCAGCUGCAACAACAUGUAGAGAAGUCGGGCUCCCUCGCUCCGUCCACCCCUCUGACGGGACGGGUCUACCUGAAGGAGAAGGACCUGCUGGUCACGCCCGUCUCCUCGGCGACGCAGAGCGUCAGCCGGCUGCAGAGCAUGGUGGCCGGGCUGAGGACGGCCCCCAGUGAAAACCUGACUAACAUCUUCAAGUCUUGCUCCAGAAAUCCCACAGAGUCCAUCCUGGCCAGAAUCAAGGCACUGGGACAGACCUUCAAAGAACAUUACACCAAGGACUCAGAAGACAUGCCCGGCUCUCAUAUAGACUUUGCGGAGAACCGCCUAAAGCUGGCUGAGAUCCUCUACCACAAGAUCCUGGAGAACGUCAUGGUGCAGGAGACCAAACGGCUGCAAGGCAAAGACAUGAGUGUGUUAUUGGAGCAGGAUAUCUUCCACUGUUCCCUGAUGGCAUGUUGUCUGGAGGUGGUAUUGUUCUCCUACAGCUCCCAGAGAACCUUCCCCUGGAUCAUCAACAUCUUCAAGCUGACCCCAUUCUACUUUUUUAAGGUGAUCGAGGUGUUUAUCCGCUCAGAGGAAGGCCUGUCCAGGGACAUGGUGAAGCAUCUGAACCUGAUCGAGGAGCAGGUUCUGGAGAGCAGAGCGUGGAGCGCAGACUCUGCCCUGUGGAGCGUCUUGCAGGCUGCUGGGAACAAGGUCCCCACCGUGGAGGAGGUGAAUUUUUCCUCCAGUCUGGACUCUGGUUCUGGUUCUGCCAGCGGAGGUCAGUCCCACCUGCCUCUGGUCGCCCUCUCCCCCAUCAUCCACCCCCGCAUCAGGGAGUUCAGAUCGGGCCUGGGCAGUGCACGCAAAGAUGUGCCUCCCUCUCCGCUGUCAGUCCAUGACAGGUACAGCUCCCCGGCAGCUGGCAGCGCUAAACGCCGGCUCUUCGGCGACGACCCUCCGGCCCCGACACCAGGGGUGGCCCCCAUCGGGAGCCCGAUGACGUCACCGGCCAAAAGGUUGACGUACGGCUCAAGCAGCACCCUGAGGAUCGGAGCUCAGGGCGCCCAGGCCACAGUCCUCAGUUUCCCACUGCAAGGUUUGAAUGGCGACCGCACUAUCACACUGAUCCCGGUUCAGCCGUGCGACUCCUCUGGUACCAUCACUGCUCAGUUCCUGCUGACCGCGUCGCCGAGCCGCACCGCCAUCGCCUCUGCGGCUCCCCCAGCCUCCGACCCCCAGGCAGGCAUCAGCCGGCCACGACGCACCGGCUCACUCGCUCUGUUCUUCAGGAAGGUGUACCACCUGGCCAGUGUACGUCUGAGGGAUCUGUGUGUGAAGUUGGACAUCUCGUCGGAGCUGCGAGGGAAAAUUUGGACGUGUUUUGAGCACGCUCUGGUCCACUGCACGGGUCUGAUGCGGGACAGACACAUUGACCAGCUGCUGCUCUGCAGCGUCUACAUCGUAUCCAAAAUCACCAAAGAGACGCACACCUUCCACGACAUCAUGAAGUGUUAUCGCAGCCAACCACAGGCCAGCAGCCAUGUGUACCGCAGUGUGUUACUGCGUCAUACUCCCACGGAGCAGGUAACCGAUGAGAACAUGGAGGUGGAUCCUGUUUCUGGCGGCGAAUCUGCAGAGAAACCCAACCCGGUCUCAGGAGAAGCAAACCCGGACCAAUCGGGGGAGGAGGAGCGUGGUGACCUCAUCCAGUUCUACAACAACGUCUUCGUCCUGAAGAUGAAAAGCUUCGCGCUGCGUUACGCCACCCACGAUAACCGGGCGGACGCUCCUCCUCUCUCUCCGUUCCCAUCGGUUCGGGCUCAGCCUCUCUCUCCUCGUCGGGUUUCUCAGAGACACUCGCUGUACGUUUCUCCUCACAAGAACUCUGCAGGCUGCCUCACACCAAACUCCUACACCUACAGGAUUAACAGCAGCCCGUCCAAGGAGUUAUCCGACAUCAACCGGAUGAUCCGGCAAGGCUCUGGAGGCCGGAAGAGGGCCUUCAACAUGGAGGGCGACGUGAUGAUGUCAUCGGCGUGCGACUCCCCCAGUAAGAGGGCGUGUCCGGAGAACGGCAGCAGUCCCGACGUGCUAUUGAAGAGACUGCAGGACGUCGUGUCCGAGCGCCAGAGUCACUGACGGGCCCGACAGGCGCCGAAACACGUAAAAAACCCAUUAAAGUAAUGAAUUAACUUUCAUUACAGAACUGUUCCUCACUUUCAAAAGCUAAACGUUAAUGACGAAUACGAGACAUCAAGAGUUUUUUUUUUUUUCAUCACUGAUGUCCCUUAAAAAUUGUGACCUUUUUUAAAAUAUAUUAUGACCUGAGGGUCAUAGAGCCGGAGCAGCACAUAAUGGCACAAAUCAUGCCAUUUAGUUUUAUCCAAACAAUCCCACUUCUGGUGCCACAAUCGCCCCAAAAAAACUUUGAUACCAAUAAUAAUAUCUAGAAUGUGAUAUAUGGGCCACAUCAGGAAUCGGAACACACAAUCACUGGCAGCCUUCACUUGUUUGACUAUUUCACUCUGUAGUUCUGUCAAGUAGCUCAGGUGAACUUGAGCUCAACCGUUUGAGCAUCUUUAGUCACUGCUGCACCUCCUGUGGGAUACAUUCACCCGACGCACCCAUCUCAGCGUCGCACUACUGUUGCAAUAUCCUGAGUGCUUGAAUUCACAGGUUGCUAAACAUCUGCAGCUGCCAGACGACGGCACAAGCAGCUGUUUCUCUCCAACAGGAAACCUAAAGGGUAGCUACCAAUGUCUGUCUUUAUUUACAUGGUGCCGAAAAGUUCAAAAUACCUUUUAUUGUCCUGAAUAUAAGAUAAUCCCAACACCUGUUGCUGGGAAAUACCUUUUUGAAGAUCUGGAAGUUUUCACGUUAGUCCAAGAAGAAGCGAGUCCUCGCGUUUGAAGUCUUUUUUUCUCUUGUGAAAGUAAAAUAUGAAAUACUUAAAAGAUGUAAAUCACACAUUUUGUGAAUCUUUUCUAUCGGUGUCUUCUCACUCUCUGCUGUCACUCUCCGGGCCGUCUGGAGUUGUUUUCCACUGCAGUUAGUGUUUAGAAGUCUUGAGUCUCUUUGGUUUUCCGCAGUAAAGAUGCCAGGAGAUACUCGUGACUCGUUUUCACUCUGCAGGAAGGCAUUUCUUUCCCGAUGAACUGUGCCAACUAAACACUUUUUUUAGGACUAACUCUGACAAAUUUGAAAAAACUAUCUAGUCGAGCAACAUUAAGGCUCCAAACAAGCCAUAAUUCACCCAUCUGCAGUAGUCGGAGUUACUCUGUAGGUUUAAGGAGAAGAUCUGCUCCUGUGAAUUACAUCAAUGUUUAGUCCUCCUUAUAUAAUACAACCCUUUUUCAUCUGUCAUUUUCAGAAAAAAAAAAAUAGGUUGUCUUUUAUUCGGGCCGAUACGGUAUACAACUUUUCUCUUUUAUGAAUCAGGUAUUUCACAGCGGUACACAAAGAAGUGAACACUCUUUCAAUCAGUUUAUUGUGAGCUCUGAGUCAGACAACCUUCAGCGGGACGUUUCAUUUUUCCUAAUCAUUUUACUUGCCGUGACAACAGCGAGUAAAUCAAACCUCUCACCCUGGCCUGGUGUUUGGUUUUUUUUUCUGCUCACACAAAUAAAAAUAUACAAGUAGUGGAAAAAGAGAGUUUACCGGAGGUUGAUCUUCAGAUAUUGGGGACAGAAAAGCCUGAAGUUGGUUUGAUUGUCAUUCACAUACAGAAGCUGCAGCCCGUCAUCCUUCACGUCAGCUCAAAUUAUAUUUAAAAAAAAUGUCAGUGAUUUAAACUUGUGUAAAUGGUUGUUAAACAGGAUGUGAUAAAUCACGCUCUAUUGUACAUUCUCUAGUAUCAAACCCGUCUUCCAGUAUAACUGCACAGGCUGAGGGAAAAUGAUUCUUUUAACAUUUAGUUUUACCAUCUCCUUUAAUCAUCUUCCCGUUUGUGGUUAUAAAACAUUUAAUGUUGUACAAUGCUGUAAAAAAAAAAAUUGUUUGUGUACCUUGAGUGUGUAGUAUCUACACUUGAUGUUUUAUUGAAUUUAAUCUAAUGCUUUAUUAUGUACUGUUCUGUUCACACCUGGUUCGCUACAAGCACACAAGGAAAGCACAUGGUAAAAAAACAACUAACCACUUGUAAAAAUGCAAAUUAACAGUUAAAAAAAUACAAUUAUGAACAUGAAUCUGUAACCAGGGAACAAAUUUGUGUCACUUUAGUGCUUUUCUGAACUCCGUUCAACACACUAAUUUGUAUUUUUCUACAGACAGUCAAAGGUUUUGUACAAUAAAAUGUACUUGUGUUCAUUCA